GGACACGCAGGGCGCGAUUUCCCCUGCCCAGCCCCGCGGCAGCCGCGACACCUUCCCCCGUGUCCCCCCUCCGCCCCCCGGCCCUGACAUCCUGAGCGCGGCUGCGGGAACACAAUGGGGCCCUGAGGAACGCGGCUGCUCCGGCCUGAGGAAGCGGCUGCGGCUUCCUCCGCGCUGCCCUGCCCGGCCCCGGCGCCAUGGGCAUGUCUGCGGAGGGCGAGCGCGCUGCGAGCCCCAGAGAGGAGGAGUGGCCAGAAGCGGAGAAGGCUGAGAAAUUGGCGAGAGGAGCCGCUCUGAAAUGGGCUUCGGGGGUUUUCUAUCGCCCCGAGAAACUGGAGGGGCUUGGGCAGUACCGGAACCGAGAGAGGCAGAGGAACAGCUCCAUCCAGUCCCGGCUGAAGUCAACUGUCCAGUCCUACCUGGAGGGGGUAAGCGCGGGGCUGGAGCAGCUGCGGUCAGCAGCCCGGGAGGUGCAGAACGUGUCCCAGGACCUGGGGGCUGCGCGGUGGGCCCUGCUCGACAGCACAGGCCACUUCCAGGGCCUCCAGCAGAUGCGGGCACUGAUGGCAGAGCACGUGCAGCUGGCCUCGGUGGUCCAGGUGCUGCCCCAGCUCUUCUCAGUCCACGAGGUUUUUUCCCACACCCUGCAGCUCCUCUGUGAGCAGAACCUCCUGGAGGCCCACGCAGAGCUCAUGAUGAUGGAGCACCUCCGGGACAACAUCCUCUCCCAGCUGCACCUCCGUGGGCUCUCCAGCGCCCAGGCGACUGUGCUGUCCUACUUCAGUGGCCUACAGGAGCUCAAUGAGAGCCUGGCCAAGCAGCUGUGGGACAUUGUGGGCAGCAGCCUGCAGCUGGUACGCGAUGACCCAGUUCUCUUUGUCACCGCUGUAAGGAUCAUCGAGCGGGAGGAGAAAAUAGAUGAGUCUCUGCUCCUGGAGGCCACCUUCCUGCCCCCUGGCCGCCCAAAGGGCUGGAGGCAGAAGUUUUACCAUGUUCUUCGGGAGACCAUCACAGGAGCCCACUUCCGCGCAACCCCCAUGGACGCUGAGGGGUCAGGGCUGGCCAGGCACCUGGCAGCGCUGCAGAAGGACAUAGUGUCCAAUCUGCUUGUGGUGAAGGACCUGAUGGUCCAGUGUGUCCCAGCUCACUACAACAUCCUCAGCAUCUGCACCACCACAUACCACCAGGCUCUCACCAGCCACCUCCAGGACAUCCUCCGAGAGGACCUGGACAAACAGGCACUUUUCCUCCUCCUUGAGUGGGCACUUCGUGUGUACCCCAGCCCAGACAUGAUGGGUCACCCUGACCUUCUCCCAGAAGUGGACGUUUCUGCUCUGGGUCCCUUGAUGUCCCCUGAGCUUGUGGAUCAGACAGAGAGGAAAUACGUGGUGAAAGUCAAGGCUAGCGUGCUUGAGUGGAUGCAGAAGACCCUGGAGGUGGAGUUCAAGGAGUGGUUCAGGGAAGAGGAACCUGAGACAGACCAUCAGGGCUUCUUCCAGUCAGCUCUGCCUGUCAUUGUCAUGCAGAUGCUGAAUGAGAAUAUCCAGGUAGCCUCCUUGAUCACUGACUCUUUGCAGCAGAAGGUCUACAACAUGGCCUUGGAGGAGCUGGAGGUGUUUCUGGGCCGCCUGCGGGAAGCCCUUGUACAAUGUGGGAAGGAGCACCAGAAGGACCGUACCACCCCCAAGUACUACGUCUCCUACCUGCUGGCCAUGCUCAACAACAACCUGGCUCUCAGCUCCUCUGUCUCCUCCCUGCACUCUGACACCGCCUGCAGAGAAGUCCCUGCAUCCCUCCAGGCUGCUCUAGACAGGACGCAGAAGAAAACCUGCCAGCUGCUGCUGGAGGAGCUGCUCCUGGACCUGCAGCCCCUCUGCCUGCAGCUGCCUUCCCGCAAGUGGCUCUCCGGGUCCCAGCUCGUCAGCAGCAUGUGCGAAGUGAUUGACAAGUACGCAAAGGACUUCUCCCGUGUCGGGAAACCCGUCUUCAUGCUCCUGCUGACGGAGAGCGAGCUCCUGGUGACGAGCCAGUACCUGCGGGCGCUCAUGCAGAAGAAGAUGGUGUGCAAGAGCAACGAGGAGCGGCGCCAGCUCUGCGACCGCCUGCUGCAGGACGCCAUGCAGCUCCGGGAGCUCUUCUGUGGCCUGGGUCUGGACCGGAGCCAGCAGAGCCUGGAGGCCGUCUUUGCCCUGCGGGAGCUGAUCUGCCUCAAGGACCCAGCAUUACUCAGCCUGGAGGUUCUGGGCUUCGCCACCAAGUACCCCGAUGUCAGCGACGAGCACAUCUCCACCUUGCUGGAUCUGCGGGGUGACGUCUCCAAGGAGGUGCGGCACAUGGUGCUGGAAAUGAUGGCACAGCACCCCCAGGUCCUGCCCGAGAGCUACCGGCCCAUCUUCAGCACCAUCCUCGUCCCCGCGCCGGAGCUGCCUUUCUGCAUUCGCAAGGGCAAGUGUGCCUGAUGCUGCGCCCCAUAGCCUGCUCUCUGCUGUCCCCACGGAUGUACGGACCAUGCAGGACAUCUCUGAGGAGAGUGGAAAUGACAUGUGGCAUCUCCUAUGCACAGUGCCUUGCCCUGUGUUGGGGAUAGUCUGGACACGUGCCAACCUGCUCUGGUCUUACCUCGCUGAACUGACUGUCCCCUGCAAGCACCAGUCCCGGGACACCUGUGUCAGGAGAAAAUCGACCCAUAGCAAUUUUUCUGGCCUGCGGAGGCAGGAAUUGAGGCUGCUCAGGCCUGGCCUAUUGCCUGCAGGAGAAAGAGGAGCCACAGAGCAAAGGACAGGAUUCUGCAGCUGGGGUGAGUCCACAUCUCCAUGGGGCUGCAGAGAUAUUUGGGUUUCCCUGAAUCUCCAAACAGCCCUCUGAACCAGUGUGUCCUGGCCAUGGAGUCUGUUACCACCCCAGCUCCAGGGCAGACCGGAGCCUUGCUAGACCUGGGCUUGCAGGAGGGUUUUAGCCGUGGGAGGUCUUGCUCUGUUUUGGCUCAGCCCAGAGGUCUGGUGGUGCUGCUGCACCAGCCUGGGCCUGGGGACAGGGUGACCUCCCACACCGCAGGCAUGGCUGCCUGCCCCAGCACAUCCGGCCCCACUGCAGCUCAGCCAGCUCAUCGUGGCUCACAGCCGUGGAGGAGGAGGGACAAGGCGGUCUCACUGCCCUGGCUGGUGCUGACAACUCUGUUCCUGCUGGCGUGAAGGGACAGCUCUGGGUUCUGCUGACCUGCCCAACUGCUGGCCCCAGACAGGACUGGAGUCCAAGACAUUUGAGCCUCUUGGAGAGCAUGAACUGAGUUGCGUCUGGUGUGUUGAGCAUUCUCCUGCCCCAAGGUUCCUCCAUGAUGGGCAGCACCACCCUGUGCCCUGGCUAUCCCUCCAUGCGCUGCUGCUGUCCAGAGGUGAUGGUCAUCUCCUCCCAAGGUGCCAUGCAAAGAUCAGAAGCAAAGCCUGUUCCUGUGCUCCAUCCUUGUGCCCAACCACUGCAGCACCCUGCGAAGGCUCCACACUCUGCCAUGUGGGCUGGAUCCUGCUGUCCUUUUGUGGCACUGCUGCCACAAAUAAAGGCCUGAGCUCUGCAGUCA